AUGGUCGGAGACGAGGGAGGAAAUGGCGAAAGGCCGAAGAAACGAAGCGUAUACCGGCACGAUCAGUAUACUGUGGGAUGGGUCUGCGCUCUUUCGAAGGAGCUGACUGCUGCGAUGGCAAUGUUAGACGAAACGCAUCCAGACCUUCCCAAGGCCCCUAACGACCACAACACGUACACUCUCGGCUCAAUGGGAGGACACAACAUCGUUAUUGCCUGUCUGCCAAAGGGCCAGUACGGAACUGUAUCAGCCGCAACCGUUGCCACUUGCAUGAUCAUGACCUUUCCAGCCAUCAAGUUCGAAUUGAUGGUCGGCAUUGGAGGCGGCGUCCCAGUCAAAGCCCGACUGGGUGACGUGGUUGUCGGUACGCCAACGGGGCAGUUCCCUGGCGUGGUGCAGUGGGAUAUCGGCAAAGCGACAGAUGGCGGAGGCUUUCAGAGAAUAGGCGCUUUGAAUAAUCCUCCCGCCAUCUUGAUAACAGCCCUGCAAAAGCUGGAGAGUCGGCAUGAGCUUCAUGGCUCCAGGGUCAACGAGUAUGUGGACGAGAUGGUGCGCAGAUAUCCAAGGCUCAGAUCCAAAUAUGAAAGGUCUAAAACGCUGGAAGACGUCUUGUUCAAAUCUGAAUAUGCCCAUGUCGACAAAGAUUCCGCUGAGGGCCAUGGAACAGCUUUCAAAGAUGAAGAAGUAGUUAACGACCACAAAUACAGCAAGUAUGAGGAAGAAGACGAAGACGAUGAAGAAGAGGAGGAAGAUGAAGUGGAAGACGGUUGUUUGCAAUGUGACCGAAGCAAGACAAGAAAAAGAAAACCAAGAACUGAAAUGAAAGUCCAUUAUGGGCUUAUAGCCUCGGGCAACCAGGUCAUCAAAGAUGCGGUCAGACGAGACAAGCUCAACAAAGACCUUGGUGGGCGCGUGCUCUGCGUUGAGAUGGAAGCAGCGGGGCUCGUCAACGACUUCCCAUGCCUCGUUAUUCGAGGCAUAUGCGACUACGCCGACUCUCACAAGAACAAGGCUUGGCAAGAGCAUGCUGCUGCAGUGGCUGCAGCCUUUGCAAAAGAACUAUUAGGAUACGUCCAGCCCAGAGACGUAGAUGAAGAAUGUAGUGUACUCGAACAGAUGCCGGAGUUGCAAAAAAAGCUGCAAGAGAGUUAG